AUGACUUCUCAAUCAGCUUCUCAGUUGAAGGGGUUGUUAGACACAACUACAGAGUGCCUAAACAACUUUAACAAUUUGAAUAUUGACACCGGCUCUUGGGAUCCAUUCCUUAUAUAUCUUCUAGUGCAGAAGAUGGACUCGGAGACGCACAAAAACUGGGAAGAACAUGCAUAUAAAGAAGAAUCUGAAAACUUACCUACCUGGAGUGAUUUCAAGAAGUUCUUAGAAUCGAAGUACCGCACCCUGGAAUUAACAAAUCAGAAUAGUACAUCAAGGGAUACUAAAAUAAUAAAGGAGCGUUCAUGCCAUGUUGCCUCACCAGUUACCGAGAAAGUUUGUGUUAUGUGUAAGGAAAAUCACAGUUUAAGUCAUUGCAAGGAAUUCUGCAAGAAGGAACCUACUGAAAGGAGAGAAUUUGUCAAAACCAAACAAUUGUGCUUUAACUGCUUAGUACCAGGACACUCGGCAUUUAAGUGUAAAGUGCCAGUAUCUUGUCGUCUUUGUCACCGGCGCCAUCAUUCCCUUUUACAUGAAACGAAGAUCAAGCAGCAAGGAGAAUCAUCGGUCACGUUACCUCCGACUGUAACACAUGUAGAAGAAAAGCAAGCACUACAAGUCAAUACAAUGAUAGCGUCGCAUUACAAUACUAAGAAGAGAAUAGCAGCACUCUUAGCAACAGCAGAAGUGGAAGCAACAAGCGAGCAAGGAAACACCAUUGUACUGCGGGCGCUAAUAGAUCAAGGUUCCGAGGCAGCUUUUAUUAGUGAGAAGGCGACUCAAUUGUUGAAGCUCGAACGACAACCUGUAAAAGCAAGCAUUAUAGGGGUGGGAUCCCAAAGGACCGAAAUAAAACAUGUGGUACAGCUACGAAUACGAUCCCGAUCGGACCGAAACUAUUGUUUACCGAUCAAGGCAUAUGUUAUGUCCAAGCAACUGACCACAAAGAUACCCACCAAAACAAUCAAUAAACAAGAUUGGACACACAUUCAAGACCUCAACCUGGCUGAUCCAAAUUACUUUAAGCCAGGGUCUAUAGAUAUGCUCUUGGGUGUGAAAGAAUAUGCUGAAAUUCUGCAAAACAACCUAAUCAAAGGUCCACCCGGCACACCAAGCGCUCAAGAAACCAGCCUGGGGUGGAUUCUUUUUGGAGAAGUUAAUACAACACAUCAAAGUCAGUAUGUUGUGAUGCACCAUUCAGUUGACGUAGAAGACAUGUUGAAAUCAAUAUGGGAAAUUGACGUGGACACUAAAAGACACUUAACCAAGGACGAAAAACUGUGUGAAGAAAUAUACGAGAGCACAACAGCUAGAAAUGAAGAAGGAAGGUACAUUGUUAAAUUACCGUUUAAUACAUACAGUCCACAAUCACCUGAUGGUAAUACAAAAUCAAUAGCAGCACAUAGAUUUACACUAUUAGAAAAGAAAUUCAGAAAAUCGCCAGACCUGCAAAAAGAAUAUAGUAAAGUUAUAAAUGACUAUAUAAAACAAGGACACAUUGAGAAGGUACCUGAUAUAGAAAAGGAUAAAAGAGCUGUGUACUUACCUCACCACGCCGUUACCCGAGCUGACAAAGAGUCCACGCGAACACGCGUUGUAUUUGAUGCGUCGUGUAAAGGAUCAAACAACGUUUCGUUAAAUGAUGAAUUACUUGUGGGUCCUCAGCUGCAAGAAGACUUAAGAAACAUUUUGAUGAGAUGGCGCAUGAAACGAGUAUGUUUCAUGGCAGAUAUAAAACAGAUGUUCCGCCAAGUAUUAGUAAGCCCAGAAGACGCUGAUUUUCAACGAAUCCUGUGGAGGCAACAGGAAUCCGACACUCUGGAAGAAUACCGUUUACUCAGAGUCACAUUUGGCACAGCGUCGGCACCAUACUUGGCUGUUAAGACGCUGCAACAGGUAGCCAAAGAUGAAGCUAAGAAUAACAUUCUUGUUGCACAAACAAUAAACGAGGAUUUUUACAUGGAUGACCUUUUGUCUGGUACAGACUCAGUAUCUGAAGCUUUGUCGCUUUCGAAAGAAUUAUCAGUCACACUACAAAAGGGCGGUUUCCAACUUACGAAAUGGGCAUCCAACAGUAUCGUUUUAAUGAAGUAUAUCGAAGAGGAUAAAAGAUCUGCAAGAGCACAUAUUGAUUUAAACCUCGACGGAACUCUCAAGGCACUCGGAAUUGAAUGGAAUUUAAAAACAGACCAGUUUCGAUACAAUCUUAGAUUUACACCGAUAACCAAGUCCAUAACAAAACGAAAUAUAUUGUCUGAUAUACAAAAGGUUUUUGAUCCCCUUGGCUGGAUAGCACCAAGCACUGUUAUGGCCAAAAUAUUAAUACAAAAGAUUUGGCUUGAACGAGUUAACUGGGAUGAACAGGUUAGUAACACAUUAGAACAAGAAUGGAGAGAAAUAAGAUCAGACUUCGUUAACAUAACUGAAAUAAAAAUAGAGAGAUGGCUUGGCACGAUGACUGUUAACAACGAUAAAACACAAAUUCACGGAUUUAGCAAUGCUUCAAUGCGUGCAUAUGCAGCGGCAGUCUAUGUAAGAAUUCACACUCUUGACAACAAAAUUGAAACAAAACUGAUAGCUGCCAGAACCAGAGUAGCACCAUUGAAGACAAUAUCAUUGCCUCGUCUGGAACUCUGUGGUGCCCUACUUCUUUCAAAAUUAAUGAAGCAAGUCGGACAAUCAAUGAGAAUUCCAACAUCACGAAUGUACGCAUGGACUGACUCUUCAAUCGUUAUCGCAUGGCUUAGUGGUGAACCUAACAGGUGGAAACCCUUCGUUGCAAACCGUGUGGUCGAAAUUGUUGAAAACAUUAAUAACAAGCAUUGGUUCCAUGUUCAGUCACACGAAAAUUCCGCUGAUUUGGCAUCCAGAGGAAUGUUGUUAUCCGACUUGAAGAAAAGUAACUUAUGGUGGCACGGACCGGGUUGGCUAUCUGAAACAAAAAUAAAUAUUAAACAUGAAAUGGCAGAAACAGAUUUGGAAAUGAAGAAAAUUAAAAUCAAUACUUACCUGAACGCAGAACGGAGUGAAGAACCUGAAACAACUUUGAUAUCACAAUUUGAUAAUUUUGAAACAUUAACAGAUUUAAUAAAAGUGAUUACUUACUGUAGAAGAUUUAUAAACUAUAAGAAAAAUAUAAACAGUGAAAAUCAGAAUUUAACUACACAAGAAUUAGAAGUUACUCUGCAGAUCUGUAUCAAAAAAAACUCAAGAAGAAGAAUUUAA